AUGGCGAAAGACAAGAAAGGCGGCAGCGAAGGCAAAAAAGCCAAGAAGGCCGAGAAGAAGCUCAAGCAGGAGAAGAAGGGCGAGAAGAAGGAGAAGAUCAAGUCCUCCAAAGCCGCCGCCGCCGGCGGGGACAGCGACGCCGAGGACGUCGACCUGGACGCCGUGCUGGCCGAGUACGCCCGGAAGCAGGAGCAGUUCCUCAAGGUCACCGAGGCGCCCUGCGAUCCGCCUCGCGCUCGAGCGUCGUCUUCGUUUAUAGCAAGUCCCGCGAAUGAGAAUGAGCUGUUCCUGUUUGGCGGCGAGUACUUCAAUGGGGCGCUCGCGACUUUCUUUAACGAUCUGUAUGUGUAUAAUAUCGGCAGAGAUGAGUGGCGGGUGGUGACGAGCCCGAAUUCACCGCUGCCAAGGAGCGGGCAUGCCUGGUGUCGCGGGGGCAAUGAUAAGGGCAUUUAUCUCUUUGGCGGGGAGUUCAGUAGCCCGAAACAGGGAACCUUCUAUCACUAUAACGAUUUCUGGCGUCUCGAGCCUUCAAAUCGGGAGUGGGCACGUCUAGAGACCAAAGGCAAGUCGCCCCCGGCUCGUAGCGGUCACCGCAUGGUCUACUUCAAAAAGUACAUCAUUCUGUUCGGCGGUUUUCAAGACACUUCCCAGACUACCAAGUACCUGGCCGACCUCUGGAUCUACGACACACAGUCCUUCGUGUGGCACAACCCUGUCUUGCCCCUCGCAACGCAGAAGCCAGAUGCGCGAUCCUCGUUCUCGUUCCUGCCGCAUGAAUCUGGCGCAGUGCUGUAUGGUGGGUACUCGCGAGUCAAGACGACAGUGACGGGGAAGCAAAUGAAAGGGGGUGGGCAGGCACAGCGGAACGUGCUGAAGCCUAUGGUGCACGAGGACUGCUGGUUUCUGCGCAUCGUGCCACCAGCUGCUGAUUCUGCGGCUAACGCGCUGCCGACGGUGCGCUGGGAGCGCAGGAAGAAACCGGCGAAUGGGCCAAAUCCAACGAGAGCUGGAUCGACCAUGGCAUACCAUAGGGGGCGCGGUAUCGCUUUUGGAGGCGUGCAUGAUGUGGAAGAGAGCGAGGAAGGGAUCGAUAGCGAGUUCUUCAAUACGCUGUUCGCGUGGAACAUUGAGCGCAAUCGAUACUUUCCUCUCGCGCUGAGAAAGGUACGGGCACAGCGGAAGCAGCCAGACAAUGUUCGCGGGGGGAGGCGCGGACGGGGCCAAGCCAACGAGGACGAGCUUCUCCGGAACCUUGCCGCGCUCCAGACGGGGAAACCGCUCGACUUCUCCGACGAGAUGGAUGUCGAGAAGCCCAGGGAGGAAGAGGGAGAGAGCGAGUUACCGGUCAAGGAGGUCCUGAUGGAAUUCCCGCACCCGCGAUUCAACGCUCAACUCACGGUCCAAGACGACGUCCUGUACAUCUACGGCGGCACCUUCGAGAAAGGAGACCGCGAGUUCACAUUCGACGAGAUGUACGCCGUUGACCUCGGAAAGCUGGACGGCGUGAAGCAGAUCUUCCGGCGGGAGCCCGAGCACUGGGAAGGCAGCGACGACGGGGACAGCGACGAGGACGAGGAUGACGACUACGAGGACGACGAGGACGACGAGGACGAGGACGAGGAGGGUGAGCUGGCUGCAGACGAGGACGGAGACGGCAACGUCCCGAUGCACGACGCCAAACCGCUGCUGCACACGGAAAGCACGCGCAAGUCCAAGAAACAACGCAAGGACACGCUCCUCCUCGCCGCGGCGGACCCGCUCGGCGACACGUCCCCCUCUCCCUCGCGCUCCACGCUGUCGCCGGCCUCAUCCGCAUCCCCAUCGUCCACCUUCGACGACACGCCCGACACGGCAUCUCCGACGACCUUCCCCGACGACAACCUGCCGCACCCGCGCCCCUUCGAGAGCCGCCGGGACUUCUUCCAGCGCAGCGGCAACGAGUGGCAGGAGGCGCUGAUGACGUCCCUGCGCUGGAAGGGCAUCCAGCCCGAGACGCUCAGCGUCAAGGAGAUCAAGACGCGGGCCUUUGAAAUGAGCGAGGCGCAGUGGUGGGACUGCCGCGAGGAGAUCACCGCGCUGGAGGACGAGCAGGAGGCCGCCGGUAUUGGCGAGGUGGUGACGCUGGCGGAGCGCGGGGAGGGUGGUGCCGCUGCUGCUGCUGGGGGCGCGGGGAGGAGACGGUGA